CCCUGUCUGACAGCAGUCACGGUGUCAAAUAUAUUUUGAGAGCUGUUUCCUGCUUCGCGUUCAUCGUGAAAAACACGAAUUGUCAAGUUUAUUCCGACUUGAUCAUGAAAUAUCGAAAUGUCUGACGGCUGGUUCGUCAGCGCUCCGGGCCUGUAAUGAGCAACUUGUCAGGGGACACGUUUCAUCCUCAGUGGAUUUGGAAUGACCAAACCAAGUAAGGAAAAUGAGGAAGAGAAGGCCCUGGGUGAAACACCACAUUGGAACCACUUAAACAGAUGUUUCCCUCUGAGAUGGAUAAUGGCCAGUCAAUGCUUGAUGUCAACAUAGAUACUAACUUACUGAGCGAUUUCUUUGAAGAGAACAAUGGUGUCCCGAACAUCUCGGAUGUGGACUGUGCAUCCUCUGCCUUUGAUUGGGCAGAUGACUUCAUAUCCUCCGCCAGCACCCCGUACUCCAUGGAAGGGGGAUCUGAGCGGUCGCCAGCUACAGCAGGCUCCCUGCCAAGCACCAGCCCUGCAUCAUCGGUCGUCGAGACGCAGGCGUCCACAACUACCCCGCUUCCUCAGGUGGCACAGGUGGUCGUCACGGCGGGAGGGGUCAUUCAACAGCUCCCUACUACCCUGGCAUCACAACAGAUCCUCCACAAGUCCUCCAACAUCAUACAGGGUAUUUCACCGGGCACCCAGCACUUUGUAGUGAAGGCUGAUGCAAAUGGACAGCUCCAGUUUCAGCCCACCCCCGGAUCCAGCCCCGCCCCCACCCAGCAGUUCUCAGUCCCCUCCCCUGCCAUCAGUCGCUCCCUCACCCCUAGCCAGAGCCCCGCCCCCUCAUGUUCGCCACAUAUCAGUCGGUCCAUCACGCCGAACCAACCCAACAUUCAGCAGGCCCUCUCCUCCAGUCCGUCCCCGAACAUCCUCCAUCUCGCCACACCACAAUCCCAGCCCCAGGUUCAGAUCACGAACACAGUACCAAUCCAAAGCAUCAUUCCGAAUCCUAGUCAGAAUGCCAGUAUUAUCCCCGGUCAGGCCGUCCUCUCAGGCCACGCCCACAACAUCGUCCACACCCAGAACGCCGUAAUCCAGAACCCUAAUGUUGUCAAUCUGAACGUGGCCACUCACGUGCUGUGCGGCAACUCUCAGCAGGUGGGUCAACAGCCCGCGGGACAGAUACAGAGCAACAUCCAGGGUUUGCCUGUGACGGUACAGAACACUGUAGGCCUCCAAGGCAAUCAAGUCAGUCUGCAGGGCACCAUCAUUCAGACCCCCGGGGGAAAGAGCAUACUCAUCCCCAACCAACAAUUAGGGGGCCAUCAGAUCAACCUGGGUGCAGUGCAUCAGCAGGUGCUUCAGGGGCAGCAACUCAUGCAGGGUGGGGGGACGGCAGUGCUUCAGAACACACCAGGAAGUGUGGGGGUGGGUAAUGUGAUACGGCUGGCCCCCCAGCCAGGCCAGGACAAACCUGCCAGUGUUGUGCCGCCCAAUAUUAGUUUAGUGAACAUCGGUGGUGCUCAGGGACAACAAAUACUGAUUCAGAGAGCACCACAUCCUGCUCAAGGGCAACCUCAGAAUAUCAUAUUUAGAACAGUACCUCAUCCAAAUCUCAUCCAAAUCCAAGGGAGCCAAGCAGGUCAGGCCAACCUCCAAGGGGCCUCCCUCCAGGCUGCUUCCCAGAUCUCCCAACAAAUCCUCAACCAGGCCACAUCGCAGAGCGUGCAGUAUCAGCAGGUGCUCCCUGGUGGGGCCCAGCCCCAGCAGGUGAAGCUGGUGGGGGGGCAGGGCUCCCAUCCCACGUCCCAGGGAGUCACCCUCAACCUGGCGGGCCAGAGUUUGAACCUUCUGUCAGGGCAGAACCUCAACCUACAACAGAUCCAAGGGCUGGCAACAAGCACUGUGGGCUCUAUGCCAGGGGUGCAGGGCAUUCAGCUUCAACAGAACGGCAGUCAGUAUAUCGUGCAACCAGCUCAUACUCAGCUUGGCACUCAGCCACAGACUGUGAAUGUGUCAAGCAUCAAUCAAUCUACAAACAUUGUGUCAAAAGCUUUGAUCUCAUCCGGCCUUAGUCAGGUUAUUAAUACUCAGAUUAAGCAAGGCCAGGAGCCAAAAAGUUCAAAUAGUGUGUCCGAAAGCCCUACAGUGACAACGACCAGCAAGAGUAAGUCGAAGAAGUCCAAGAGUAACCCUGAUGGUCAAGUGAAGGGCUCUCCUCAGCAGCUGGCCCAGAACUUUCAAAAGAUCCAGAUCCCCAUAUCACAGUUCAUAGCAACGGCAUCCAACGCUGCAGGCAUCCACACAGCUCAGUCCACACCCACCGCUGUCACCACGACUGUAACCCAGGCCAUGGUACAGGUCCCCGCUCAGCUCACGCUAGCAAAUACACUAUCUGGAUCACAGAUAGUGUCCUCAGUACAGUCUAAGAGCUCUGUAGGCAUCAUAUCGACCCCAUCCACAGCCUCACAAAUAAAGAUCCAGCCCCAGGUGAUCAAGUCCGGACCACCCAAUGUAACCCUGGCUCCCCAGGGGACAGCUUUUCAGACCAGCAAUACCGACCCGCUCAAACUGCAGAGGGUGCAGCUAGAAAUUAACAAACUGUUGAAUCAGCCAAAUCUUACCCAAGACCAAAUACAAAAACUAGGUAAUCUUCAGCAGUGUCUAAAGGAUUCAUACCCCUCCAGUGUUAUUCAGACUUCCCAGCAAAAUGCUGGUACUGUGUCCCCGAAACCUAUCAAGCCUUUAGUUCAGGCUUCAUUGACUGCCCAGCCAAUGGUGGGGCAGCCACCAAUAGCUCAACCUCAAGUUGUCGUUGCGACUGCUGCAACUCAGAUAAAGACUGAACCAGGUACACAGCCGAUUUCGUUGCAGUCCCUCGUCAGCCAACCGGGUAUUGUUGUCCAGUCUCAGGCAGGCGGAACUGGAGUGAUCCAGUUGGCAGUGCCCCAGCAGACCACAGUCACUGCACCAGCAACGCAGAUGAUUACAACUGUUGCUCAAACAGGCCAACCACAGUAUUUGCAGACCGUGAUAAAACAUGGGUCACCGACCAAGACUAUCAAGAUGGCACCGGGGGGGACAACCCAGGUGAUUCAGAUUCAGAGCUCCCCCGUCACCACCGCCACGCCAACAAGACCUGCGGUACCUGCGGGCACGACGGUCAUCAGGACGCCACCUCCAGGGAAAAUGCCAAUAUCUGCCACCCCGUCACUGCCAACACAGAUAAAGAUAGCCAACCAGAUGCUGACGUUGAACCUGACCUCGCAGCAGAAGGAGAAGUUGCAGCAGCACCUGGGGCGCAUGACGAUGGAGCAACAGGAGAUGUUCCUCAAGCAACAGCAGCACACCCUGGUCAAGCUGCAGCAGCAACAGCAACAGCAUAUACACCAGCAGAUUCAGGUGAUCCGAACAACAUCACCGCAGACCAAGCCACAACUGCUUGUAGCAAACCCACCGGGCAAAAUCCCCAUCACUGUACAGCAAAUAGACAAGGGCAUCAACCAGAUCAAAGUUGGCGUGGACGCUGUUCAGACCAGCACACCCAACCGUCCCACGAAGAGGCCCGCCCCCUCCGAUGUAUCCAAGGGAACACUCAGUAUUCACCAGCAGUUAGGCAAGGACCAACAACAUGCUGUCAAUCCAGACACCAAGUCUCCAUUCAAGGACUACAAGGAGGCAUGUCGAAGGUUGCUGCGAUAUCAUGUCUUUCAGCACCAUGGGCCAAAGCAAGAUGCAUUCAAGAAAGCGGAGAAUGUGUUUGAUACAGUGUCUGAAGACCUGUUGAAACGAAGUCAUACGAUGAUGAACAAAUACAGACUUCUGCUCCUGGAGGAGAGCAUGAGGGAUCGACCGUCUGCGGAGAUGGUAAUGAUCCAGCGCAUGCUCAAUCAAGAUCUCACAGCUGUCAUCAAAAAGGAGAAAGAUGUCAUCAAGGCUGAUCCAGAUUCCUUUGUGCCGAUGCCGACCAAGUACUUAAAGAAGGAGAAAAAGGAAGAGGACAGUGCUGCAGAAACAAGUGCUCUAGAUACGUCUGCUGUCAAGUCCGAGACUUUUACUGAGUCGGAGUAUAGUGAUCACGACAUGUCCGAGUCAUUACAUCAAAGCUCUGCCUCCGCAGAAUCCGAGAGGAUGUCGGUCAAAUCGUCACCCAUCGUACCCCCCGGCAAAGUUAAGUUAGUGAUCAGGAACGAUGGGCGUGGGUUUACCAGCAGUCUCAAAACAAAAACUCCUGUGAAAACGGAACCGCCGAGUCCGCGGUAUGGUCAGGUAACUCCUGAAGAGACGCCUCCGAAGGGUGUGGUGAAGGGAGAAUCUCUGUAUAUAAAUGAAUUCCAGUCCGACCAUUAUGCAGACGAGAGAGACGACUUGAAUAUGUCCGGGGAACGGGGGGACGAGAGUGGGAAUGUGCUCAGUCGGGAGCUGUCAAGUGCUAAUGCCAGCAGUGAUCUUGACACAACAGACUUACAGGCUGGAUUACGUGAGCCCAGCUUCCAGGCUCAGCUAGCCCAGAGUUGUGUGAGUGAACCUGGUGGGGAGGAACGACUUCAGGCAUUCCAUCAUUCUGGGGACGAUCCGUUACUGAAGGUGAAGGGUUCUCCUAUUGCAUCUGCUGUGUCGGGGGACUCCCGGCUCGAGGUACAUCAGCCUCACUACAGUGAUAUCAGCAUUACAGACGUUUCCGGGGACUACCCCAGUGUGCUGUCCCCCAUCCAGAAACCUCUGGAUUCUGGGGGAACAGUUUUAGGGGAGUUCGCAUCUCAAAUAUCGGAAGACUUUGAUCCCAGCAGUUUUGAUUUUCCUGAAGCACUGACGGGAAAUCUGUGCUCGCAGUCUGCAUCUGUGUCAACGGUGUCGGAACCUGCUCGGACUGCAUUUAGUAGUAUUACGGCUGAUGACGGGUUUCAUCAUCAAAUGGACUUGGGUAACAGCAGGACCAAUCAACUGAAUGUGGCAUCCAGUCCCAUUGCUGCUGUUGCUGCUGCUGCUGCUGCUGCCCAUGAUGUGUAUGAUAGUGAUGAUGAUGGUUUGCCCUUCACGGCCACCCCCCGCCCCCAUACUGCUGCCCCCCACGGAAACAUUGAGGAAAUAGAUAAUGCUGUAUCCAGCAUUAUGGACUUCGAUGAUGUGAGUAGUGAUGGUAAUGUGGCCGAUUUAUCCACGAUAUCUUCCGAGAAGGAUCUCGGGUCAAAUGCAGAUGUUCUCAGUAGCAAAGAUCUCCCCCAAAAUGAAAUGAUGUUUUCCCCGGAAAGUGGACCCAGUAAUUCCCAGGACGAAAACAACCAGUCUGACGGAAUGGAACUGGAUGCUUCUUUCGAAUCUGAUGGUAACGACCCUCAGAACCAUAUGAUGAAUGCUCAAAUGCAGAGUGCUAUUGAUAGCAUUCUGAGUUUAAACCAGGUUGAGGAUCCGGCAGCGGUGGCAGACUUCAUGGACCAGUCGGGUAGUAUGACUAGUUUCUAUGACAAUCAGCUGACGGAGGUGACGGACACCAGUCAGGACGAGAGUGAAUACUAUGGGGAGGAGGGGGGUGGGGAGUCGGAAGACAAGCCUGAGGAGUCCGGCUCCGGGGACAAGGAUGGUGGAGAGACAUCCAUGGAGGAUGAUCUUGAUGCUGCUGUGCAGAGUAUAUUAAUGUGAAGCGGUGCUACCUUCUAGAGCUCUGUGUCGGACAAGGGCGGCAGGGGUUUCGUCUGAAGCAUCACAGGAAAUGCAGCUUCAUGAGAAUUAAUGCUAGAAUUAAUACCAGAAUUAAUACCAGAAUUUAACUAAAAGACUAAAAUGGCUGAAGAAAUUGAAUAGGACGUAAGAAAUGAUGUGCAAUGAUUGAGACAAAUGGCAGCCGGACAUGUUCAUGCUUUUGUAAAGUCUUGAUAAAAUGUUUUUCUGAUUCACUACCAAAUUUGAAAAAAAUAGCUCUUUUGGUCCUUGAACAUUUUGGGUGACGAUCGGUCAGUGUCCUAGAAAAUGAAGGUAUCUGAAGCCGUAAUGUUAUAAAAUAAUGUGAUCGAAUGGUAUUUCAGAUUAUUUCAAAACAUUGUUUUAUGUCCCAAAGCGUUUAAGUCUGAUUUACUCGAGUUAAAUAAUACACUGCAUGUUUCGUUUGGAGGUACAUAUAUCACUAGAGGGUUUUGCUUAUUCUCCCUGAACUCAGGGUCUACAACCAACUGUCGUCAUAUUGCUGAAAUAUUGCCAGGUGCGAGGUUGAACAAAUGAAACAAAACAUUAGUCACUGAUAUUAAACUAACCCCUAAUUUUUCUAUUUGGUCGAAGUUUACAGUAAAACAUGAAUUAGUGAGUAUUAACACUGAUUCUGGGCAUUCAUGAAGCAGUAAUUCCCAAGAUGAUGGUAUUCAGACACCCUGCCACCAAAACACAAUCCUAGCUACUUAAACCAAGAGAAAAUAUUCCAUUUCAUUCAAAUUUAUGUGUCAUGAGCACAUAAAGCGUGUUUAUACCGAUCCCAAACGAGAGACUUACCAUACUUAGAGAAAUUUCAUGGCAUAGAUUUGUUAGUAAGUUUAGGAAAUAUUUCAUUCUAAGUUUUAGAUAUGUUACCAUGGUUACCUUCUAUUCUGUUACUUUGCUGAAAUAAAAUAAAUUAAUUUAGUUUCUUUGAAAAGAAAAGAACCACUUGUUAUUCAACAAUGUUUCGUUUCUAGAUGCUACAAACUAGACUUAAUUAUGAGAUCAAGGUUCACCAUAGUUGAAUCCAGUUGUAGGUUUGGUUUGUAUUUGAGUUUUUUAAAUUUGAUUGGAAACCAAUCUUCGUCUCAGUCAUCAUAUUUCAUUUAGUUUAUUUAACUAACGCUGGCAACCAUGUGCAAUAAGACAUCAAUUUUCACUGGAGGCGGCAUCUUCCCGAGGCAAGAGCAUCCUCUCGCCUUUUGAUCAAAGUCUUGUUUCCACCCUUGCCACAUCAAGCCCACUAUCCUGUGCUAAAUAUGAUUGGACUGUCGCACAUAUCGAUAGUCACAUCAGAAAACAUUUCACAAAAUCAACAUCCACAGCUUUGUAUGAAAGUGAUUUACAGCUGGAAUAUAUUUUUUUCAUCUUUUAAACACCCAAACAAUUGCCUAUGUGUUUGUGUCCGGGAUGAAAUUGCGAAUGUUUUCAUUGUCAAAUCGGCUUGGGUCGUCGCCUAUGGUAGCCACCAUCUUUAUAAAGCUAUACGAGAUUAGAACAUCGGUCUGAUUGACUAUCACGUUUUCAUUACAAGGGGCACAACUCAUGAUAUAUGCAAGGUGGCGCCAGGGUCGAGCCAAGAAAGUGGCCUUGAUGUGGCAAGGGUAGAAUCCAGGCUUUUGAUAUAUGCUAUUUGACAGGCUUGCCUUGGGAAGAUGUAGAGGAGGGGCGAGUAUAAUGUUAGUAUUUGAUAGAAAACAUGACCUUAGUUAUUGCUAUUUAGUCAAAUUGUGAAGAUAUUGUCUCAUGAAACAUGAAAUUGACACAUGAAACCUUUGACUUGAAAUGCUCAUUUUGUUUCUUUGUGAGAAAUGUCAUUUGUAGCUGUGUGUUCAAGCUGUGUUGAGUUAUCUCCCUUUAGUUUGCAAAUUAGGCAGAAAAAUAAAAACAAUUGCUUCAAAAGCAAUUCGUCUUGAAGUUGGAACAUAGCUGCAAGUAGGCAGGCAGCCUAUUAUGUUUUAAGAAGUUUAUUAACAAGGAAGCUGGUUUUUCAACUAAAAGCAGAAAUAGUAUGCUAUCAUGCAGAGCACUUGACUGCCUGUGAAUGAAAACAAAUUUCUAUUAGUCGCUGAUUAUUUAAGGACAUGUAUAGGAAUAAAGGAGUUGAUGAAUAUUGUGUCUAUAAGCCAAGAUCUAGUACUUAAAUGGUCAAUCUCCGGUGAAAAUAGUUUUCUUUGCUUGAAUUACGUCCCAUCUACAGUUUGGAUGAACAAGUGUUUAAGAACACUGACCAUUGUAGGAAGAAAUAGAAGAGGAAAAAGUUCGACAGAAACCAAUUUUGAGCGAUGAUAUAUAAAACUCAAAAGAAGUUAAAGAACAGAUUUUUUCAUAUGACUAUAGUUACUAUAUAAUAGGAAAGAUUCCGGUGUUCUUUAACUUCUUUUGAGUAAUUUAUAUGAUACACUGUAUUGCACUAUUUCAAGGUUUGACAGCACCAUAUCCGUGCUCGUGGGUUCCACCAAAGUGGUGAACGUCUGAAACCUGCAUUACUUCAGGCUUUCCUCCCACAUUAAGCUGACAGGCUGUGACAUAACUGGAAUACUGUUUAAAGCGGCGUUCAACCCAACUCACUCACUUGUUCCCUUUGUUGAUGCCUAUUGAGGUCCUGGUGUUAACAGAAACCAUGCUGUGCUAUGUAGGGCUUGGAAAUACCUAUGCAAGGAGGGUUUGACAGGUUUUGACAGAAGAUGAAAUUUACCUGAUAUGGCUAUUUUUUCAACAUCACUUCCUGUUAUAUGUAUCUAUAGAUGGUUGUAUAUUUUUUCAGAAAAAACGCUCCAAUCUCUAUCUUAAAUGAUGCAAUAAUAUUUGUCAUAUAGUUUAUUUUUCAUUAGCUCUGUUAAAUAUCAGUGUCACAAUGAAAUUGAUUGUCUGCAUUAAGAGAUUGUUAUUGUGUGUGGGAAAGAAAUGAUUUGGAAAAUUUAAGAUUCUUCUUCAAGAAGUGUCAUGGUAGACAGUUUUCAAUGCAACUCUCCUUUGAUGGUGUUUUUUCAUUCAUGGUUUUUGAGGCAUUAUUCCCAUGUGAAAAAGAAAUAUGAGGUUCUAUUAACUCCUCCAAGAUAGGAAACAUAUGAGGGUGAUUGUCUUUACCCCUUUUUUUUGGUUUACGAUAGCUGAGUGAGUAGGGUUUUAUGCUGCUUUUAGCAUUAUCACAGUGGAGACACCAGAAAUGGGCUUCACACAUUCUACCCAUGUGGAGAAUCGAACCCUGGUCUUCGGUCCACGAGUCAACACUUUAACCACUAGGCUAGCACAGCCCCUUUUUACCAUAGCCAUUAUGGUUUGGUGAUGGAAGAACAUCUGAUGUACUGUAUCCCAUUGCAUCAGAAAAAUGGCUUAACAUACACUCUCAAGUGUACUUGGGACAGCUGGUUACUGACAAGGUGAAAAAGAUGUUCCACUGUUCCACUUUGUCUUUUCAGAUGCAACUGUUCCUCAGUAUAUGUGAAUCUUGUGGCUAGGUUUUCAAGAUAAACUCAAGGGUAGCUAAGUAACCGUACGAUCCUUGAUUUAGCCAUGGUGAUUAUUUAGGCUGAACUAUUUGUAUCUGGAUAUUUGUCUUUCUACAGUGAUAGCUUAAACCAUGGCCAGAGGAGUUACAUAGGAUAUGGUAGUCACUGACUAAACUCGAACAGGAAACACAAGCUGUACCCUUCUCAUCAUGAUCAUCCUCCUGAGAUUCGGGUCUCCCUGAAAUUCGGAUCUCCCUGAAAUUCGGAUCUUCUUGGGUUUUCUUGAGACUCUCAUCGUCCCGAGAUUCGGAUGUUAUUGAGACUCAGAUCUUCUUAGCUCUGCUCGAGACUCGGAUCUUCUUGGCUCUUCUGGAGACUCGGAUCUUCUUAGCUCUGCUCGAGAUCUUCUUGGCUCAGACUGGGGAAGACACCGAAGCUGUCUGGGUGUAAGUACUGUACAGAAGUAGGCGUCCGUAUCUAUUUUAUUCUCAUUCCGCGAGGUAGCCCGUGUGAGUGGCCAAAACGUGUUCACUUGACAGUUCAUCAAUGCGAGAGUUCGGUUUUCAUGAGGAAACAUUAUUUGCGUUUGCAUAUCAUUUUGUAUAUUUAUUUCUGCCCUUGAUUUGAUAGCAUCUGUGUCAUUUGUGUAGUGAUGAGAGGUAUACAUUUGUGUAGAGUAUAAAUUUUUAACUCCCUCUAGGGAACAUUGUAAAUGAUUCUAUGUUGUGAUGACUCCCACUAUUGGCAGGUUUAAUGCAUGUACUUGUAAAGUAGCGUCCAGCUCAUACGAUGAUGACAAUGUUCAUACAUGUAUUUAUAUUUUGUGUAAGCCUUAUUUGUACAACUAAAAUAUCUAUGACAGUA